AUGGGGCAGCAGGGCACAAAGUACGCCGGGCAGCAGUGCGCACGGGACGCGCGGGGCAGCAGGGCGCGUGGGGCGUGCAAUGCAGCAGGACGCGCGGGGCGCGCGGGGCAGGAGGGCGCACGAUGCGCGGGGGUGGGGCAAGGCGCGCGGCGCGCGCGAAGCAGCAGGGCGCGCGGGGCGCGGGGCAGCAGGGCGCACGGGGCGCGCAGGGCAGCAGGGCGCACGGGGUGCGCGGGGCAGCAGCCCAGUAGGGCACGUGAGGCGCUUAGGAGCAAGGUGCGCAAGGCGCGUGGGGCAGCAGGGCGCGCGGGGCGCGGGGCAGCAGGGCGCAUGGGGCGUGCUGGACAGCAAGACAUGCAGCCCAGUAGGACACGCGGAGCGCGUGGGGCACGAGGGUACACGAGCGCGGGGGAGCAAGGCAUGCGGGGCGCGCAGGGCAAGAGGGAGCGCGGGGCAGCAGGGCGCGCGGGGAGCGCUGGGCAGCAGGGCGCGCAUGGCAGCAGGGCGUGCGGGGCGCCCUAG